CUCUCUCUCUCUCUCUCUCUCUCUCUCUCCUCUCAGAACAAGUCCUCCUCGAAUCUUCUCUCGCACCACAGCUUCGGCUCCUGAAAGGAAAACCCCACAAAGAGGACCCAUACCAACACAACAAUCUAUAUUCUUUAUGCAUACACACACACAAGGAAUAGGGGGCUUCACAAUUCAUGGAUUCUUCUGUUGUGGCACUGCCAGAAUUUCAAGCUUCCUUUCUUGGGUAGAAAAAAAAGUUGGGGUUUUGAUGGUAAUGUGGGUGAGUUGGGUACUAUCUUAUUAAACUACGGUCGCUAUGGAUUCUUCUUCUGAGGGAGUUCCACUUGAUCCAUCAAAAUGUAGUAAGAUGAGUGUGGAUGAAAAGAGAGAACUUGUGUAUGAACUAUCAAAGAGAUCAUAUCCGGCCUCUGAAUUGCUACAGUCAUGGAGCCGACAGGAUAUUUUACAGAUUCUAUGUGCAGAGAUGGGAAAGGAGAGGAAAUACACUGGCUUGACAAAGAUGAGAAUUAUAGAAAAUCUUCUAAAAAUAGUAGCUGAAAAGAAGUCAGAGGAACAUGAGAUCUUAUCAGACCUUGAAACACAGUCUUCUCCUUCAGUUGGUCAGAAAGCAUCCAAAAGGCAGAGGAAAGCUGAUAAUCCUUCUAGACUGCCUGUUCCAGUGAAUGAUGUUGCAACUGGUAAUGGUGGAAAUGAAAUGAAUAAUACUACCUAUUGCAAAAACUCUGCUUGUAAAGCUACAAUGAGACGAGAGGAUGCAUUUUGCAAGAGGUGCUCAUGCUGCAUAUGUUAUCAGUAUGAUGACAAUAAGGAUCCUAGCCUCUGGUUAAUUUGUAGCUCAGAGCCUCCAUUUCAAGGCAAUUCUUGUGGUAUGUCAUGCCAUCUUGAGUGUGCUUUAAAGCAUCAAAAUUCUGGAAUUGGGAAAGAUAGACGGCAUGCAGGAAUUGAUGGGAGCUUUUAUUGUGCUGCACCUGCAUGUGGAAAAAUAAAUGAUUUACUUGGAGUGUUGGCUCCUGAUCCUUACCCUAUUAUUUGUGGUUGGUUUCUCCAAGUAAUUGAAAUGUUGGUUUUUAAUGCAUCUAGUUGCUGGAGAAAACAACUGAUAGUUGCAAAGGAGACUAGAAGGGUAGACAUUCUCUGUUAUCGCAUGUCCUUGGGCCGAAAACUUAUUAAUGGGACUCAAAAGUACCAAAAGCUUUAUGAAAUUGUGGAUGAAGCUGUUAAGAAGCUUGAAGCUGAAGUAGGCCCACUAACCGGUAUACCAGUGAAAAUGGGUAGGGGAAUUGUUAACAGGCUUUCUUCUGGACCAGAAGUUCAAAAACUCUGUUCUCUUGCUGUGGAGACACUGGACAAAAUGCUUUCUGACACUGGUGUGCAUUCUUCACCCAAUACUAUCAUACAAGAUUCAAAUCCAACUGCACCACCAUUGGUACGCUUUGAAGAUGUUCAACCAACAUCUCUUACUGUGAUUUUGGGUUCUGAAGAACCUUCAGGGGCCGGUAUUUUGGGUUACACCUUAUGGUAUCGGAAGGCUCAUGACAGGGAUUAUCCAGUGAAAUCAACUUGUACCCUUUUUGCACCUAACACAAGGUUUGUUGUGACAGGACUCACUCCAGCUACUGAGUAUCAUUUUAAAAUUCUUCAUUUUAACAGUACAAGGGAGCUGGGUAAAUGUGAAGUUCAGUUCUCAACAGCCAGUAGAGGGGUUGAAGUCCCAAACUGCUCAGUAACGGAAAGGAGUCACAGCCCAACUACCAAUUGUAGCAGCCUUUCUAAUCCAUCUUCAGUAGAAGAUGAAACUAAUAAUAGUACUCCUUAUAGUGAUCAGAACGAUGACCGAGCAGACAAUUAUCAUAGUUAUUGCAAGGAGGUUAAUAAAUCUGUUUCCAUAAAUCUAUCUACUGGUGCUAACAACUGCAUUAUCCUAUGUGAAGAUGGAAACCCGCCAGAUGCAGUUUCUCUUUUGGGAGAGGAGCAUGCCAUGGAGGUAGCUGGUUCUAUACCUGACUCUGAUGUCCUGAAGGUUGAGAAAAAACAUGUGCUAGAGGGCCAUAUGACUGAGGACAUGAGCACUGAUAAUGGGUCUGACGCCCCAGUUCAGACUGGCUUGGAAUGUGUGCCUUACAUGGGUUGCUCAGAAGCUGGCUUGCCCAUUACUCCCUGCAGGUUAGAAAUAUCUAAAGAUGGGCAAGGAAGGAGUGGGAGAUCAAAAUCCAGCAGCAAGGAUGCAGAGAAUGGGACUGGGAAAGAAAAGGAGCCUCAAGAUGGAAGUUCAUCAAAGAAGAGAAAUGGGGAAAGGAGGGAUGAAGAGUGCAUGGCCAAUGGCAUGUCAGAUUGUGAUUUUGAGCGUUAUGUGAAGGUGAUUAGAUGGUUAGAGUGUGAAGGCCACAUAGAGAAGAAUUUCAGGCAGAAGUUCCUGACCUGGUACAGCUUGAGAGCAACUCCACAGGAGGUCAGGGUUGUGAAGGUCUUUGUUGACACCUUUAAGGGGGAUCCGGCGUCUCUUGCAGAACAGCUUGUGGAUACCUUUUCGGAUUGUAUCUCAAACAAGAGAUCAUCUGUUGUUCCUGCUGGCUUCUGCAUGAAACUUUGGCAUUGACAUUCUUGUCAGGGGGUCCUACCAAUAGAUGGAAUGCUUGUCUGAGCACAGACCCGAUCAAGGUUUGUGUACCAUAAUUCUUUGGAUCCAUAACAUUCUUCAUUUAGACUAUUUAUAAUUAGCUUUUGUCAUUCUUAUGAUCAGUUAAAGAAUGGUAGAAAUGAUAUCCUUUUAUAAUGCAUUCCUUUGCUUCUUCAUUCUUACUAGCCUAUGGUUCAAUUUGUC